AUGGACAGGCGGCGCAGCCCGCCCUCACCACAUAUGGAGGCCGACAAGACCUACACCGCAGAAAUAAAUGCGAUUCCCUCGUUCAGCAGCCAUGGAACUCUCGAGGCUAAGGAGUUUAACUGGGAGAUUUGCAUACCUACAGACCAGAUGGACAAGGCCACAGCUAUUUUUGAAAAUUCCCCGGAUUACGAACCUGCCAAACCGAUGCUUCCGCAACCGUUUUCUCUCAUACACACAUAUCCUCAUUUCAAACGCGUCGGCAUUAACAUUAUUUUCGUUUUGGUGCCAUCUUUCGACGUUCAUUUUAACGUCAAGCCAGGAAAUAUUACGAGAAGUUUCAACGACAUCCCGUUCCCAAAGUUGGAAGUUUUGGUGCAAAGCCACAUCGAAAGAAACGACACAAUUAAUCUGACUGACCUUGUCGAUGGUGCCGACCUGUCGGAAGAGUGGGGCUAUGAGAACCUGGAACUAGAAGGUAAAAACGACGGAGAAUGGGUUGCCAAGAUUAACGCUGUCGCUGAGGCUAUGCCAGAUCGCCCAAGAGACAGACCCCCCACCUUGCAUUGCAGUGACUACCCUGGUUGA